UAUAAGGGGAACUAGGAUUCAGAAGAAGUCACAUUACCAUUUGGAAGCAUCAACCGCAGCAUCCCCUGAGAGAACUCUCAGCAUGAAGACCCUGCUGCUGUUGGCCGUGGUCAUGACCUGUGGUUUGCUGCAGGUACACGGGAAUCUGAUACAAUUUACAGACAUGAUCAAGCACAUAACAGGGAAGAAUGCUGUUCUGAAUUAUAAUGGCUACGGUUGUCACUGUGGCAUGGGUGGCAAAGGAGCUCCCAGGGACGAGACAGAUCGGUGCUGUUUCGUCCAUGACUGUUGCUACCGCCGUCUGAAGGAUCUUGGAUGUCACACCAAAUUUCUGAGCUAUAAGUACAGCAAGAGUGGAAGCAAUAUCAUUUGUGAAAAGGAGAACAGCUGUAGAAACGCAGUGUGUGAAUGUGACAAGGCUGCUGCCUACUGCUUUGCCAAACACCAAAACUCCUACAAUAAAAAAUACUGGUAUUAUCCCAACUUGCUGUGCACUGGAAACAAACCAAGCUGUUGAUAAGCCUCACAGCCAAGACACCUGCUCCCCACCAAGGUUGCAUUUCUUUCCUAUUCACC